AUGGUGGGUGCGGACGCUUCGCCUGCGCUGGCGAAUGGGACGGCUGCGAACGGCUCGGCUGCGUCGCUCUCUGCGGAGGACUUAUCGUCGGCCUUGAAGGAGCUGCGAAAACAGAGCCCCGGCGAGGUGGCCAAGUUGCUGCGGCUGCUGAAGCGGAAGAAGGCGCGACAGAAUCGGACCCAGCGGCAGGUGCAAAGCGCCGUGGAGGCCGAGCGCGAGCAGCUGAAGAAGUGUGUCUCCCUCAAGUCGACCGGGAGGCAGCUGCUGGGGGCGCCGCAGCCAAUGGGAGGGCGGAGACACCUGAGGGAGACGGGCGUGCGCGACGCGGAGACGAUCUUAGAGGACGAGCAAGAGGAGACGGAGAGCGAAGACGACGAGAAGCCGAGCAAGCGGGCAGACGGUGCUCACGGCUUCGCGUCGACAGAACCGGGCGAGAGCACGGACGAAGAAGACGCCAAGAGCGUAGGAGACAGCGUGGAGGUGGAGUACGUUGUCGCCGACGAGACGGAGGGGCCGAACGGAGAAGUCGCGAGGGAGUUCUUCGGCGAGGUCUUUGAUCGCUUCAGACCCCCCGAGGAGGAGGAGGAAGAGGAAGAAGAGGAGGAGGAAGACGAAGACAGCGGUGCGCGGAAGAAAGGCCAGGAUCUCACGCUCGAAGACGACGAGGACGAGGAGGAGGAGAGCGAAGGAGCGAAGAAGGCCGAAAAGGGCAAGAAACUGACCAAGAAGCAAAAAAAGCUGAUGAGUCGGCCGUCCCUCGCGGAACUGAAACAAAAGACCAACCGCCCAGACAUGGUAGAAAUCUGGGACACCACCAGCGCCGACCCGGAGUUCCUUGUCUACCUCAAGGGCCUCCGCAACACCGUUUCCGUCCCUCUCCACUGGUCCCAAAAGCGCAGAUAUCUCCAGUGGAAAAGGGGCUUCGAAAAACCGCCCUUCAAACUGCCGCCUCACAUUGAGGCAACAAAGAUCAGCGAGGUGCGGUCGGCGUUGGUGGAGGCCGAGAGCCAGAAGAGUUUGCGACAGAGAAUGAGGGAGAAAGUGCGGCCGAAACAGAAUCGCCUCGCGAUCGACUACCAGGUGCUUCACGACUGCUUCUUUAAACACGCAGUGAAGCCGGCGCUAACUGGCUUCGGCGACCUGUAUUAUGAAGGCAAAGAAUUCGAAAAGAAAAACCGAAAUUUCACGCCAGGACAACUCUCCGACCGCCUGAAGGAGGCACUCGGCAUGGGCCCCCUGGCCCCGACGCCUUGGCUUAUCAACAUGCAAAGGUACGGCCCGCCGCCGGCGUAUCCGCGUCUGAAGCUGCCUGGACUGAACGCGCCGAUUCCCGCGGGGUGUAGCUACGGCUACCACGCGGGCGGGUGGGGGAAACCUCCAGUGAACGAGUUCGGCCAGCCGCUCUUCGACGCCGAGGGCGAGGCGGGUCCAGGCGCCGCCGAGGAGGAAGAGGAAGCCGAGCAAAUCCCCGUGGCGCUCUGGGGCGAGCUUCCCGACGUCGUAGACGACGAGGAGGAAGAGGAAGACGCCGGCGAGGGCAAAGAAGGAGCGGCGGCAGGAGUGUCGGGUGGCCAGACGCCGUUCAUGGAAGGGAUUUCGAGUUUGGGUGGGGCCACGUCGCUGUCUUCGGGUUUGGAGUCUCCGGCGUCGUUCGACAUCCGCAAGCGCGCGGACGGUACCUCGUCGGUUGCCUCCUCGACGGCGAAACCGUACACGAUUUUGACUCCUCAAGACGUCCCCGCGGGACAGCAGCAAGGCCAGCUCUUCGGCGUCAAGCACACGUACAAAAUCCCCUCGACGCUCCUUCCCGGCGCGAACGCAGGAACAGCAACCCCCAGCGGCCACAUCACGCCGCGCAACCUGCUCUCUUCCGGCGCCGCCACGCCAUCGGGUGUACGUACACCGUUCGCAGGCUCUCGGACGCCCCUCGUCGGCCCCGGCGGCUCUGCCUCCUUCGGCUCGGCGCCGGGCACGCCUUUCCUCGGCGCGGCCAGCGGCGCGCAAACCCCUGCGCGGGGCGCGGGCUUCCGCACUCCCGCAGGAGUCACUGUCAGCCUUAACCCGAACGAAAUGGAACAAGAGGGUGUCUUCACUGCCGACGUCAUUCGGCAGCAGCUGCGUCAGCACGAGGAAGCGGCCGCUCGCGCGAAGCAGGCCGCCGGCCAAGUGGACCCGGCAGACAGUAAGCGAGAGCCACGUAAAUGUGGAACAAAAGAUUCCCGAAAGUCUUCUAGUUGCGAAGAAGAGACGCAGCGAAGAAGCGGAGACAACUUCAAACGCUCUGUCGAGUUUGCAGAAGGUGCAAACAGGCGGGGGGGGGGGGGGGGGGGGGGGGGGGGAAAAAGAAGGGGGAACUGA